ACCUGAGUAUAAUGUGGUAUGAUGGGAAGCUGGGCGUGGCUUACUACAACUCGAUGACAGCUGAGAUCUACACCAUGAAUGAUACUGUUGAGACGAGCGACUACUCACUCCUCAGGAAAGUCUGCCAUCAGAUUCAGCCAUGCUGCGUCAUCGUGAGCUCCAAGGCCGACGAGAGACUGCUGCAAGUGCUGCAGGAUCUCGGUGGGGUUGACUCAUGUUUAACUGGUGCUAGUGAUACCUUGCCUGAGGAAAUUAGCAACCGGUCAAUUGAUGUGCAACUUCUACCAAGCUUAGAUUUCUCUCUGGAGGUAUGCAAGAGAAGGGUCCUGUCCAUCAGUCUGCCAUCUAUACCAGAACAUUUCUCAGAGUCGGAAAGGACCAUCUACAUGUCUUCACUUCUAUCCUUUGAUGCAGCAUGUAUGGUGAGUAUAAAUAAACAAAAAAUGAAAAAAAAGAAAAAGUAA